GCCAUAUUGCUCGUCAUUGCCUUUCAGAAAGAGACCUAAGAAGGCACCCCGAAGAACGUCAAGCCACGAAUUAUGUGGGGUGGUUCAACCAUUACAAUAGUGAUGAUGAAGGCUGGGCCGAAAAUGAGAAACAACCACUGGGAGAAAAAAGUCCAAACCCAACUCAGAUUACUAAAGAAGAAGAAGAAGGAUUAAUCCACAAAAAAUUCGAUGAAAUGCACAUUGCCGAAAUACAAACCUGUCUGGAAUGGCUCAAAGCACUCGCCGGGUUAGAACAACCACCUCAAGAAACCAGCGAGGUUGUAGAAGUCUAUCAAUUAGGGUCCAUAGACGACUCCAUGAAUUGGGAUGAUGAUAACGAUGAAAUGGAGUGGGAAGACUACUAUGAAUUCUCUGAUGAAGAGAUAGAAGCUCCUGUCCAACCCUACGACCCAUACCGGGAUGCUGAGGCUUGGUGGAACAAAGAAGAGUAUUCUGACUGGGAUAAAAAACUAACCAAUAAAGAAAGAGGGUACCAGGAAUUGGUCCAAGAUCUGUACGACAAAUCACGAGGAAUCGAAGCCCCAUUUACCCACCCCGACGAAUAUGAAAUUUUGUCUGAAGAAAAAUUCCUCCUAGCCACCUCGGGUGACCAUAGGACCGGUGGAUGGUACAAAAAAGACAAAUACGAAAUUUUCAUCAUUGUCCCAAUAGACGAAAUGGAAAUCAACGAGGCUGAAGCACUAAAUCUUGAUAAUCCCCACCACGAAAGGCCUAACCCUGAAAACCUUACUAAAGGUGAAUCUAGCAACGCUGAAUAUACUCCAAGGCCCAACCCACCUGCUUUCUUCGACCUGUACGAUGAAGAAGCUUGGCCUGGCACGACUGGACUCUGGUAUAAACUAAUCAUCCAAGACAUACUUCUGGAACCAAAAUUGGGAUACAAUAUCCCCAAUACAGAUGAAAAAAAUGAUGACCCUUCUAAGGCCAAGCCCAGCGAAGACUAUGCUAUCACCAAAACCAACAGCUCUAGUAUCUUCUCUAGAAAGGUCAAAAUGGAAGAUAUUUUGGUGGCCC